AUGAAAUUACAGUUAAAGAACGAUUUGAAUCUAAUGGCACAUAUGCUCAGUGAUGUGCACUUAUCGAUGAAGAGUAUGCAAAUAACUGAUGUGAAUCAUGAGAAUCUGAAGUUGGAUUUGGAAACGUGCAUAGGAGAAGUGGAUAUAAAAUGUGACGAUGUGGAUGACGAUGUGCAGAAUGAGAACGAUUAUCAGAAGGUGAAUAGUUCAACGGUAAAGAAGAAACGUUUGCGGAUUCGACAGAAGUUUAUCGCUAGAUCGAAAGAAUUCGAUUUGUUUAUAAAAGAUCACGAAAGGACGGAACUCCAGGAAAAAGGCAGUGGUAAAACGAGGUUGUUCUUUUGA